AGGUACCUGCGGACACACUGUUUAAGAGUCAAAGCCUGUCAUUAAAAAUACAAUCGAUUUUAUCUUAUUACCUAAACACUUUUCAAAUCGGAUAAGUUUGACUGCCACUAUGAAACUUUUGGCCCUGGCUACUCUGCUCUGUGCUCUGGUUCCACUGAUAAGCCCACAUUGCUACGGCAAACCUGAGACAUCAGGCACCCAUUGUCAGGAUUAUGCGGAUAAGACCUGGCAUGCUGUCGGAUCUUCAUGGAGGAACAGUAACUGUAUGGACUGUACCUGCAGUAGUUGUUGCUCUGCGUAUUCGAUCCCCACAAAGUUCCCUCCCAACUGUGAGUCAGUUUUCGACUCAGAGGCCUGUGAAUACAUAGUGCGCAAGAAGAACGACCCAAGUGUACGGUGUCCUAUUUAUGGUGCAGUAGGGAAGUGAUUGGUGGUCUGAUGCUUGUAAGUUCUUUCAUGGGCGAGAUGCACACAGAUGUGAUCCCUCAGUUUCUUCUCACCAGGAAAUUCACGUUUUAUUGGUUGUAACACACGACCAAACAGAAAGCAAAGCUGCCAUAAACUGAAAAUGAAAUACUGACUCAAAUAAAAUUUCAAAUGAAUAAAUAAAUAAAUCACACAUUUUUUUC